CACUUGCACAAUGAGAUAAGCAGCUUAUUGGUUCCAACUUCCGUCUAACUGUUCGUGAAAUGGGAAAAUCUCUGCAUCUGACCAGUAAGUCCUGCAACAACAAUUGGGUGGGAGGGGAUCUUUACUUGAAACAUGCGUGCCUUAAAUCCCGCGCAUUUCGUUUUUUUUUUUUUUUUUUUUUUUUCCUUUUGGUUUCGAAAUUCUCUGAUGUCUGUUCAUUUUACCGGCAAUUUGCGAGAAGUUCCUGCUCGACAUCCCCAGGUGAUAGUGGUCCUACAAUUGGUAGGAUGGCAGAUCUAUGACCAUAGCAUAAAGGCAAUGGGCCUGUCGAAACAGGACUUUUCCUACGCAUGACUGAAUUCUUGUUCUUUAGCUUUUAUUGGUCAGAUCGUAUCGAUUAUUACUUUCUAUCGUGAUUCAGACCCUGUAAUCGAAAAUAUCACCAAUAAAAUCAUAUGAAGGAUUUGAAUCACACUUCUCUUUGAAAAGUAUUGAUCACUGGUAGUUAUGACUUUUUGAUAUUGGUACAUAAAAACCGUUCGUAAAAUAUUCUUCAACCCUAGUGCAGUUCAAUUUGAUACAUGUUCCAUUGCUGUUUCCUUAUUGCUGCAGGCUUUAUCACACGGCCAAAUACCGUCUACACUUUCGUUUACAAACGACCACGAAAGUGUAGACGAAGUGUACGUCACUUGAACAUUUGCUGUCUGGUAAACCUAAAAAAAAGGUGUACUUUAUGGUGUAUUUAUCGCUCUUUUUUCACUGCUUCUACUUAGUGAAUAUCUGCAGUUUUCUCAUUUCAUAACUCGUUGGAUUCUGUUGCUCGAGUUGUUGGAUUCUGUUGAAUUGCUCGGUGCAAAAUGGAUUUUGCUGAGACAGCGCUAUUGUGCAUUAUCCUGGGAACAGUGCUAAAAGAAAAAGAGAAAUCGAAAAGAAAAUUGUGCUCGCGGAAAUGGCUGCUGAUGUAGACAGAAAGGCUGCUAUGAAAAUCUAAUGAGUGAAUUGGCUUUGGAGGUGAAACACAAAGCUCCCUAUCUUUCCAAUUUCGAAUUGCCCAAAACACUACAUCAGGCAUUAUUAAAUUGGCGGGCAAUGCACUUGUGAAAGUGUUAAGCCCAAAUCAUCUGCAUGUGCCAUCAACAAAGACUGAAUGGAAACUGUGAGCGCCGCUUUUUACACUAUGUGGCAAUUUUCUCAGUGCAUUGGUGCUCUGGAUGGAAAACAUAUAAAAAUUUCUCCCCCUCCAAACUCUGGCUCACUCUACUAUAAUUACAAAGGGGACUUUAGUAUUGUAUUAAUGGCUUUAGUUGAUGCCAAUUUAAAAUUUCUUUUUGUAGAUGUAGGGACAAACGGUAGAAUAAGUGAUGGGGGUGUAUGGGGAAAAUGUAAAUUAAAGUCAGCUCUGGAUAAAAAUACAUUAAAUAUUCUAGUGGCGAAUACUUUGCCAUUAACUAAUACUAAAGUGCCUUAUGUAAUUGUUGCUGAUGAUGCUUUUCCUCUGUCAUUCAAUCUCAUGAAACCUUAUCCUGGCAGAGGCUUGAAUGAAGAGGAAAGGAUUUUCAAUUAUCGUUUGUCUCGAGCACGGAGGAUUUCAGAAAAUGCAUUCGGAAUUCUUGCUACUCGAUUUCAAAUUUUCAAGCAGAGAAUUCUAACAACUCCAAUGAAUGCUACAAAAAUAGUUUUGUCAUGUUGUGCUCUACACAACUUUUUAAUCUCUAAUAAUUCUAACAUCUAUAUACCACCCUGUAGCAUUGAUGUAGAAUUAAUUGAGAAUAAAGAAAUUCAAAGGGGUGACUGGAUGCAUUAUGCAUCUGAAGCCGUUGUUCCAUUAUUAAUGAAAAAAGGUAACCCUGGACAAAUGACUAAAGAUAUACGUCAAAAGUUCUGUAGAUAUUUUAAUGGAGUUGGUGCCGUUAAAUGGCAGAACGAUGUGCCUUUUACAUUAAUAUUUACAUGUAUUGUCUAUUGUACUAUUAAAUCUGUUACAUAAUAAAACUUUUUUAUUGCUGUACUCAUUUUCAAUAAGUUUUGUUAUAAAAUUUGGAAUAAAUUGUUUUUUAGUGAUCUCAUUAGCUUUCAAUGUAUGAAAAGCCCAUGAUAGUUUGAAUUAAAAAAAAUUACAACUAUUAUUGCUAUCUUAUCAAACUUGCAGAUAAAUUAUGAAGCCUGUGCAAUGAAAUUCCUAUUUCUAUUGACAUAUUUAUUUUGAGCUAAAAAGUUAUUGUAUUAGUUGAAAUUAAAUCAUGAAUAUAAUAAGGAUUGUAAAAUCAAACCAAGUUGUACAUUUAUCAAAUUCGAAAAUGUUUUUCCUGCAAUUUUUCCUCUGAAUGUCUUUCAU